UCUGUCAGUACUUGACCAGCGCGCGCGGAUGCGUGUGUGUAUGUGCGUGUACGUGUGCGUGCGUGUGUCAGUGGAUUCACUGAAAUGAGUUGUGUGGAUAUUUGCCAUGAUCACAAUAUCACCUGUUAGUGGAUCGCAGCACAGAGCUGGUACACCGUUACAGAUGGCCAAGAGGAGCACUCUCUUUAUCCGGAUUGUGGAAGGCAAAAAUUUGCCAAUUAAGGAUAUAACCGGAAGCAGUGACCCAUAUUGCAUUGUGAGAAUUGACAACGAGGCCAUAAUAAGGACAGCAACAAUAUGGAAGACACUGUCUCCUUUCUGGGGAGAGGAAUACAAUGUCCAUGUCCCACCUUCUUUUCACACCGUGUCUCUGUAUGUGAUGGAUGAGGACAAUCUCAGCCGUGAUGAUGUUAUCGGAAAAGUUUCGAUCAGCAUAGAAGCACUCUGUAGCAAGCCACAAGGUCUGGAUGGCUGGAUGAACCUGACUGAAAUAGAUCCAGAUGAAGAGGUUCAGGGAGAGAUUCACCUGCAGAUCUCACUGCUGGGGGACGACGACGACGUGCCACGCAAACUGCGCUGUCGGGUUCUGGAGGCCAGAGAUCUUGCCAAAAAAGACCGCAACGGAGCAUCGGAUCCAUUUGUCCGAGUCAGAUAUAACGGCAAAAGCCACGAAAGCGCAGUGGUGAAGAAGUCUUGCUAUCCACGCUGGAACGAGAGUUUCGAGUUUGAGCUGGACGACACCCCGGCUGACAGCCUGCUCAGCGUGGAGGUGUGGGACUGGGACCUGGUGAGCAGAAACGACUUCCUCGGAAAGGUCCUGUUCAACAUUAACAGGCUUCAGUCAGCGCAGCAAGAAGAGGGCUGGUUUCGCCUGGGGCCCGACAAACCCAAACACAGCCAGUACGAAGGUACUCUGGGCUCCUUGCGGCUGCAGCUGCGGCUCAGAGACGAGACGGUCCUGCCGUCCAGCCAUUACCAGCCGCUCACUGAAUUACUGUGCCGUUCUGUCGAGACUCACCUCAACGGCAACUGGCCUGACCUGAUCAUGCUAAUCGACGAGACGACAACGUCUGAGAACCGCCAAGAAGUAGCCACUAACCUGGUGAAGCUCUUCUUGGGUCAAGGACUCAUCAAGGAGUUCCUGGAUGUGCUUUUCAAACUGGAGCUGGAAAAGAAUACUGAACCCAACACCUUAUUCAGGAGCAACUCUUUAGCUUCCAAGUCCAUGGAGUCUUUUCUCAAGGUGGCUGGAAUGCAGUAUCUCCACAGACUUCUGGGGCCCAUCAUUAAUCGCAUUUUUGAGGAGAAGAAAUAUGUGGAACUGGAUCCUAACAAGGUGGAGCUGAAAGAAGCUGGGUGCACUGGACUGCAUCGUCCGCAGACAGAAGCCGAUAUGAUCCAGCAAAGCUCCAGCCUGCUUCAGUCGUACCUAUCAGAGCUGAUGGCCGCGAUCCAGCAGUCUUCCUUCUAUUGCCCCAUGCUCCUCUGCCAAGCCUUCCAGCAACUUUACCAGCGAGUACAAGCUCGUUUCCCCGAUCCGGAGUACAGGAAAGUAAAGUUCAUUGCAGUGACCAGCUUCCUGUGUCUGCGCUUCAUUUCUCCUGCCAUAAUGUCACCUAAGCUCUUCCACCUGAGAGAGAAACACGCCGAUGCCCGCACCAGCCGUACUCUUCUCCUCCUGGCAAAAGCUGUUCAGACCAUUGGUAAUUUAGACACACUGGUGUGUUGCUCUAAGGAGCCUUGGAUGGUGCCACUGCAGCCUUCCAUCCAGCAAGGCAUCGCUCAACUCAAAGAUUUCAUCACCCGCCUGGUCAGCUGUCACGACUCAGAAGAUCUCAGUUUGCACGCUCGUAUGAGUCUCCAGUGUGGCUCCAUGGAAAAAGAAGGCUUCCUCUUCCUCCAUAAGACCAAAGACAAGUGCAUCCUCAUGACCUCGCCCUUUAAGAAAUAUUAUGUUACACUCAGCAAAGACACGCUGUCUUACUCACGGACUCAGCAUUCCAAGAAAAGCUCGUCCAUCUCCCUGCCCAAGAUCCGUGCAGUAGAGAAGGUGGAAGAGAAGUGCUUUGGCAGUGCCAACGUCAUGCAGAUCAUUUCCAGUGAAGAUUCUGGGCAGCAGGAGACACUCUACCUGGACUGCAAGAGCGUAAAUGAACUGAAUCAGUGGCUCUCGGCUUUAAGGAAAGCAUGCAGGCACAACACCAACACCAUGAGCUGCUACCAUCCAGGCAUUUACAAAGCUGACAGAUGGAGCUGCUGCCACCAAAAGGAAAAAACAGACCCGGGCUGCGAUAAGACCAGACAUGGUGUCACCCUGCAGGAAUGGUAUGAUCCACUGGAUCCAGACCUGGAAGCUCAGCUGAUUUACCGCCACCUGAGCAGCGUCCAACACGCCAUGAGGGAUAAAUAUUAUGAACUGAUUAAACAAGAAGAAGUUGAUGACACAGACACUGACCAAGAUCCGAAGAAGGUAGACGGUAUAACGAGACUCUUCAAGAUUCUCCAAGAUCUGCACCAAGCUCAUGCGGCAAUAGAAGAGGAAGAACGUUUGAAAAACAAGAACGUUUUCCUGGAGUUACAGACAUAAACGGAGGCUUCCCGUCCGUCCCCAAAAAAAGACAGAACACUGGAUCACACAUUGACAUCAUUUACAGGGUUUAUGUGAACCUGCUAAACUGAAAUGCACAGCAAGUCCAAAUUUUGGGAAGGUUUGAGAGCAGGUUUGCUUUCCAUGUUUCUUAUUUGAGGCGAAUAAGUUUUCAUAAUCAAUGGUUCUGCCUUCGAAAAGCUCAUGUGCAUCAAGGGUAGGUUUAAUAGUGUUUAGUGCAUACUUUACAUGAGUGUAUAAGUGUUACGGAGUAAUAGGACCGUCCAGUUUUGACUGGAUAUUAUUGCUUAUAGGCACUUUUUCAAGCUUGUAUUUUACCAUUUUGUUUUUUAAUCAUACAAGUGUUACGUUUUUCCUGUGUAAAUAAGCAAACAGUCCACAGGUUUACAGCAUACAUGCUUAUUUUAAAAAUGUUAUACAAGCUAGACUUCCUGUGUACCGUUUUUAGAUUUUUAUUUAUUUAUUCAUGUCCUCUUCCUGAUCUCAUAAUGAUGCCCAGAUAUUCAUGCUGCAUCUGAGGUCUGCCACGGCAUCUACUCGACCAAUUAGCCACAUGUUAUUGAUGGCUUCUUGAUCCACUCCAGUCUCUGUUCAAAUGUGUAGGUGCAGAACUGAUCAGUACUUCAGUCCCUGAAGGAGGAAAGGUAAUGAAGAUUACGGCGAAGGAGUAAUUAUGGGAAGCCGUACAUCACAACAUGAGACAUAAGGAGUCUUUUCUUAUUUCAUUUGAAGCUUCAUGAUAGCUGAUAGAUAGAACGUUUUUGCAAGCUAAAAUAAGUGCAAAUGUUUGCAUCCCCUAAGGUUUCUGGGUGAGAAAAUAUUUAUCUCUGUAUUAACGUUUAUCUACAAAAAUAGAAUUCUGAUAUAAAAAAAAUUGUAUAAUAUUCAACAACAAAUCCAAAACUUCCCAUCUAUAUGAUUACUAGUUAAAAAUUACAAUCGGGCAUGGCAUUGUAAUGCAUGUCAGAUAUUAUUAUUAUUAAGAGUGAAUAGUGAAAGGAUCUACAAUUUCUCUGGUUCCUUUGAACUCCUGCCAAUAAACAGCUCAUAUUAUCUCCUCUUUAUUGACAGUAUUGCUAGUGAUGAUACAUCUGGGAUCCUCCAUCUGCACUCAGUAUUGAUACAUCUAUCAAUUAUUCAAAUCUCAAAGUAUAUAGUUUCUAUCGUUGCCACGCUUCAUCCUGUCAUUUGUCAGUUUUGUAUAUUGUAUUAUUAUGUCCUAAACAAGUGUGUAUUACCGACACAUGUUUCUGAUUGUCUUUUAUAGUUUUGUUUUUGUUAUGACAUGAAUGUAUGAUAUGAGGACAUUUUUGUAGCUAACAGCCUUGUUUUGUACACUAGAUGGCUCUGAAGCAUUGAAAAUAUUUAUACCGCAAUCCUUGCAGUAGAAAUACGUGCAGUUGUAUAAGGGGUGAAACAAUAGAUCUGUUUAGAGUGACGCAUCGAUUAGCCAUGUACACAAAAAUUUAUGAAAUUUAACUGAAAAGUGACACCAAUUCAAGCAGUACUUCAGUACUUAAACUCAAUUAUCAGAACAUUUUGUCAUGUAGCAUCAUUUUAAAUGCUGAAUAGUAUUAAACUGAUGUCUCACAAACACCCAA